AGUAACCAUAGCAACCGGUGAAGUUUGGGUGCCAACGUUAGCUGAGUACGAACGUGUUGCAGCUCCCAUAAGUCCGUCUUUAUUUCCAACUGACAGCUGAGAGACAAAUGAACUAAACGGAAGAAGGAUGGACCCAAACCGAGACAGAAGUGAAGAGAGGCUUCAGUCAGCCGCCUCGUUCAAGGCGUUCAUGUUGAAAACCGACACGAAAAGCAACGUAAACCUCUAUGAUCACCUCAGUCGGCUCCUGAUGAAGGUGAUGGAUGAGCGUCCGCACAAUGUCAUAGAUGUGUUUGAGGACAUGAGCCGUGACAUGAAGCGGGGUUUAUUUGAGGACAAGCAGAGCACCCUGCGAGACCUUCCACAGACUACAGCUGCCGAGCUGCUGGCUGAGCAGCAGCGCAUGCUGUUUACUCGGCCAGAAGAGGCUGACCAGGAGGAGGAGCUGGGGGAAACACCUCUUCCUAACGUGAGCGAGAUAGGUUUCUACCUGGAGCAGGCUGGAGUGGGUCUGGGCAGAGAGGAGAUGCAGAGGGUCUUCCUUGCACUCAAGCAGCUUGUUGAGUCGCAGGCACUGCUGCGCUGCCGACUGUGGGGGAAGAUUCUUGGAACACAGAGCAGCUAUAUUGUGGCUGAAGCUGAAUACAGAGAGGGGGAAGAAGAGGACGAUCAGGGCACUGAGGAUGCUGAGGAAGAAGAGACCGAGGCUGAGACUCAGGGGAAUGAGAACGAGAUGGAUCCACUUCCCCAUUCGACCUAUAAACCCCUACCGGCGGUGCCCAAGGAGGCCUUAGGAACAGGCGCUAACAAGUUUGUUUACUAUGUGUGCAAAGAGCCUGGUCUUCCUUGGGUAAAGCUCCCUUCAGUCAGUCCUGCUCAGAUCACUGCUGCUCGCCAAAUCCGUAAAUUCUUCACUGGGAAUCUGGAGACUCCAAUUGUGAGCUACCCACCUUUCCCCGGGAAUGAAGCCAACUAUCUGAGGGCACAGAUUGCUCGGAUCUCUGCUGGCACACAGGUCAGCCCACAGGGCUACUUCCAGGCUGGGGAGGAGGAAGGUGAUGAGGAGGACGAGGCACCGCGGGACAGCUAUGAAGUGAACCCUGACUUUGAGGGCACUUCAGUUACUGAGAUGGCCGAGUCUUUGUCCACCUGGGUGCAUCAUGUUCAGCACAUCCUGCAGCAGGGCCGCUGUACUUGGGUGAACCUGGCUUUAAAACCAGGAGAAGACUCUAAUGAGGAAGGAGAAGCUGAGGAGAAAGAAGAAGAGCCUGAUGAGCCUGAGCCAGAAGUUGGACCGUCUCUGCUCACUCCCCUCUCCCAGGAUGCAGAAAUGUUCAACACUCCUCCCUGGAGCUCAAAAAUAUCCUCCACUCUCACCUCUCAGCAUGCAGUAGCUGUGCUGCGUUCUAACCUCUGGCCAGGGGCAUACGCAUACGCUUGUGGAAAGAAGUUUGAGAACAUGUAUAUUGGAUGGGGUCUGAAGUAUGCAGGGGAAGGGUACAGCCCACCUGUCCCCCCGCCACCACAGAAAGAAUAUCCCAGUGGAUCAGAGAUCACUGAGGCCCUGGACCCAUCGCUAGAGGAGGAGCAGGCGCUGAAAGAAUCUUUAGAGGAGCAGCAAGCUGCCCAGGAGGAGAUGGAGGGAACAGAUGAAGAGGAGGAGGAAGAUGAUGACUGAGAAAACAGCUACACAUUUUAAACUUUCACUUAUUUAUUUGUAUGUCAAAGAGAAAAUAAAUGAGUUCACUCAGCAACAUAGUUUGUAAAUUCUAAUAGCAGUAUUGUAAAUUCAGAUGAAUAUAGUUCAGUACAACAUACACUAUCCUUGUUAGCACAGCAUGGUACGCCUUGAUUCGUUUUUGGUCACAGGUACUUUUCUCAGUUUCGUUUCCCGCUGCACACAGUACCUCCUCAUUAUAGGCGAUCCUCUUAGCAGCAACUGUUUCAGGAUGAUCCUACAUGUCACUGCAAAGACAUACAUGUAGGUGUGCUGGAAAUAAAAAUCAAACACCACACAGACACAAAAAACAUUUUUUUAUUCAACAUUAUUAGACUAUG